GGUGACAAAACUGCGUUCCCCAGUCUUCCUGCUGCAAAAACACCCUGUGUAUACUCCUGUCUGCUGCUUUUGCAGCUUAGGUGGGAAAGGGUUGCAGUCAGAGGUGGACUGACCAUUUGGAAACUCGGGCACUGCCCGAGGGCCCGGGGGUCAGUAGGGGGCCCCAUGAGAUGCCCCUGGUACCUUUUUCAUAGGCUUUUUUGAGUUUGGGCAAGGACAUAGGGGCCCCAUGAUCCCCUAUUGCCCAGGGGCCCCAU